AUGUCUUUCUACAAUUCUUACCCCGGUUUCCUAUACCGCCAAUUCCUAGUGUGCCCUCCCAAGGCACCCUCCGGUACUUCCCUCCAAGGCAGGGCCGGCAUAGUGACAGGCUCAAACACUGGUCUGGGAUACCAAGCCUCAGCCCAGCUACUGAAGCUUGGUCUCACGCAUCUCAUCCUAGCUGUACGCAACCUCUCAAAGGGCGAAAUAGCGCGCACAUCCCUCCUCGCCUCGCUCCCCAAGUCUACCAAGCCUCCAAUGGUCGAAGUCUGGGAACUAGACUUAGCAGACUAUGGCAGCAUCACCAGCUUUGUCAACCGUCUUCAGAAAUCUGACAUCCACAUCGAUUUCGCUCUGCUCAAUGCCGGUGUUGCCAACUUCAACUACACCCAGACUCCAUCGACAUCGCACGAGUCGAGUAUCCAGAUCAACUGGCUGGGAACUGCUCUUCUUACUCUGCUUAUCCUCUCUGAUCUCAAUAAACAGGUUGUGGCCAAUCCUACACGUCCCCGCCCUGUGAUCUCGAUCGUUGGUAGCGAGACUGCCGCUUGGGCGAAGUUCAAAGAAGCUCAGGUCUCCACUGCAAAGGGUAUACCUCUUAUCGGGGUGUUGGAUGAUAAGACGAAUUUCGACAUGGGUGAUCGAUACUACACCUCGAAGUUACUCUAUCAGCUCUUUUUCCUGGAGCUUGUCCGCAGCCAUAGAUCUAUUUCCCAGGGUGCGAUUCUCAAUCUUGUCAACCCCGGCUUAUGCUAUGGGUCUGAGUUGCAUCGCACGGCUGAGGGAGCCUUUGGCAAGGUCCUUUCUGGCAUGAAGAGGGUUGUGGGCCGCUCUCUCCCUGUGGGUGCUCGGACCCUUGUUCAUGCGGCAGUACUGGCUGGCGACAACUCAGACGGUAGAUAUCUAAGUGAUUGUAAGAUAGCUCCAUUUACAGGGUAUGGGGACAGUGAUGAUGGUGGAAAGAUGCAGACUCAGGUGUGGAAGGAGACAGAGGCAGAGCUAAGUCGGGUAGUGGAUAUGGACAAGCUGUUGUUAGAUAUUUGA